AGGUCUGUGUAAAAGCUAAAAUAUUGAAAGAUGGAGUUUGUAUCUGCAAUCAUCAGUCCUAUUAUCAUCGACUCUUUGAUGGUUCCAGUCAAGAAACAGUUGGGAUAUAUAUUUUCCUCCACAAAACAUGUUAGGAACAUGAAUACUAGAAUGAAGCAACUAGAUGGUACAAGCCAUGAUGUAAAAAAUCACAUGGAAACAAACAACAUAAGUAAUCUGGAGAUACCUUCUCGUGUAACAGGGUGGUUGGAAGAUGUCAAAAAGGUUAAAGAAGAUGCUAAAAACAUUUCAAAUACCGGGACCGGAUGUUUUAACAUGAAAAUGAGGUAUCGAGCGGGAAGGAAUGCAUUCAAGAUCACGGAGGAGAUGGAAAGUCUUAUUGAUGAAAAUAGUAAGAUAAUUUGGAGUGAUGCUCAAAAACCUCUUGGGAAAGUGAACUCGAAAAUCACAUCCUGUUCUGCACACUCGGAUGGUGAUGCCCUCCAACAAAAUCACUUCAAAUCGAGAGAGAAGUCUUUUAAGAAAGCCUUCGAGUCCCUCCAACAAGAUCACACAAGCAAAGUGAUAGCCCUAUGUGGAAUGGGUGGUGUUGGGAAAACCACAAUGAUGGAACAACUGAAAAAGACUGCAGAAGAUAAGAAAACGUUUGAUUAUGUUGUGAAGGUGGUUAUUGGGCAACAAAUUAACAUGUUUUCUAUUCAACAAGCUGUGGCAGAAUACAUGGGCCAAUUCCUCACAGAAACUAGUAACACUGCAAGAGCAGAUCGUCUUCGUAUAACAUUUGGGAACCUUCCAGAAGGUAGAAGAAAGGUUUUACUGAUAUUAGAUGAUGUGUGGGAAACGAUUGAACUCAAAGAUAUUGGAUUAAUUCCUUUUCCCAAUGGCUUCAAGUUGUUGCUGACAUCACGAAAUCAAAAUAUUUGCAAUAAAAUUGCAGUAGAAGCUGAUUCGGAUUUGACACUAGUUAGAGUGGAUGUGAUGGAGGAGCUCGAAGCACAAAACUUCUUUUGGCAAAUCACAGGAGUUUCAGAACAACAUGAUGUGGAGCUCAAUCAAAUUGGAUGUAAAGUUGUCAGAAGAUGUGGUUUUUUGCCCCUUGCCAUUAAACUUAUUGCCACAACCCUUAAGUCGCAAGAAGUGUUUGUAUGGAGAGAUACGCUUCAACAUUUGAAGAAGAAAAAUCUAGAUGACAGCGUGCAAGAAGUUAUUGAGAUAAGCUAUAACUAUAUAAAAAAAGAGGAGGAAAAAGCGAUUUUUCUUCUGUGUUGCUUGUUUCCUGAUGACUUUGAUAUUCCAAUCGAAGAACUCACAAGAUAUGCUUGGGGUCUACAGUUGUUAAGUGAAGUUUCUACUUUGGGAGAUGCAAGAGACAGGACAAAAACAUGUGUGCAGAAUCUCAAAAGUGCAAAUUUGUUGAUGAAUAGUGAUGAUGAUGGGUGUGUCAAAAUGCAUGAUCUUGUGCUUGCUUUUGUGUUAGGUAGAGUUUCUAAAGGUGACCAUCCAUGGAUAAUCAACCAUGGUGAUAUUUCAAAGUGGAGUAGAGCUUGCAAAAGAGUUUCUAUUACUUGCACGGGUAUGUCUGAGUUUCCCAGAGAUUUUUGGUACCCGAACUUAUCUCUUUUGAGACUUAUGCAUGGAGAUAAGUCGCUUAGGUUUCCUGAAGAUUUUUAUGAAAGAAUGGAAAGUCUUGAAGUUGUAGCAUAUGAAAAAAUGCAGUACCCAUUGAUUCCCAGAUCACUUCAAUGCUCCACCAAGCUACGAACACUCAUUCUCCAUCAGUGCCUAUUGAUGUUUGAUUGCUCUGUUAUUGGUGAAUUAUUGAAUCUGGAAGUGCUCAGUUUUGCACAUUGUGGCCUCAGAAAGCUACCAUCCACAAUUGGAAAUUUGAAGAAGCUAAAGCUAUUGGAUUUGACGGGUUGUGUCAAUCUUCGUAUUGAUGACGGUGUCUUGAGAAAUUUGGUCAACUUGGAAGAGCUGUAUAUGAGAGCUGUUGAUGGAUACGCUAUUCACUUCACAGAUGGAAAUCGUGAUGAAUUAGCAGAACUUUCACAGAAUCUUUUUGCAUUAGAAGUUGAGUUCCAUUGCUACAAGGUUAAGCCCGAGAAUAUGUUGUUUACGAAACUUCAAAGGUUCAGGAUCUCCAUGGGACGUAGUAUAGCAGACAAUCCGGGCUUAAAGAUGCACCCAUUCGCAAACACGUUGAUGUUGGUCACUAAAAAAGAUGAGUUAUUGGAAUCUCGAAUAAAUCAGUUGUUUAAGAAAACAGAGGUGCUUUAUUUAGAAGUGGAUGGUAUGAAUGUUCUUGAAGAAGUUCUAGUGGGCUCUGUUCCUAUUCACCAUCAGUCGUUUAAUAAUCUAAAAAUCCUUGAUGUUUUCAAGUGUGCAAACUUGAGAUACCUCUUCACAGUCCCUAUAGCAAGUGGUUUGACAAAGCUUACGCGUCUAACAGUUUCACAGUGCCCUAUUCUGGAAGUACUUGCACAUAGUGAGAAUGGUGGAGCUGGGAUCAUUAAGUUUCAAGGGCUAAAGUUUCUUUCUUUGGAUAGGUUACCAAAGUUUGUAGGUUUUUGCCACACGGUUAAUGUCAUUGAGCUACCACAGCUGGUGGAGUUGAGACUUGAUUGCCUUCCUCAUUUCACUAGUAUUUAUUCUGAGAAUACAUGUGCAACAUCUUCUAUGUCCAGUAAUAAAUCUGCACUUCAACCCUUCUUCAACAAACAGGUGCUGAUUCCUAAGUUGGAGAUAUUGAAAGUUCAGAGGAUGAAUAAGCUGAAAGAGAUAUGGCCUUAUCAAUUUAGUAGUAGUGACGAAGUUAAUGCCUGUUUGUUGAGACAGAUUGAAGUGAGAGAAUGUGAUAAUCUUGUGAAUCUGUUUCCAACCAAUCCCAUGUCUUUGCUGGGUCAUCUGGAAGAGCUUCAUGUUUCAUUAUGUGGAGGCAUUGAAGUGUUAUUUAACAUCAACAUGAGUUGUAUUGGUGAAAUUGAAGAAUUCAGUAGCAAGUUGAGACACAUUAAAGUAUAUAGGUUGGAUAAGCUAAGAGAGUUGUGGAGGAUGAAAGGUGCAAUUAGCUCUGAUAUCCUUAUCCGUAGCUUUCAAGCUGUUGAAAGGAUAGAUAUAGAAACAUGUGUGAGCUUUGUAAACGUAUUCACUCCGACUCUCACCAAUUCUGAUGUGAGCACACUUAUGAAUGUGAGUAUAGAUGGUUUGAGACCUUGGGAGGAAACCGGGAGAAACAUUGAAUUGGUUCAGAAAAGCCAAGAGAUUGAUGUUAUAGUGAAUGGGGAGAUUUUAGAGGAGCAUGGUAGUAUUCCUGACGUUGGAUUAUCAAAUCAUCCGAAAUUUAUUUUUCAUCACCUUAAAGAACUUAAAGUAUGGGGCUGUAAGGAUGUUGAAGUGGUGUUUGAGAUGGAGAGUUCCAGUAGCAGUCGCACAGAUUUCACAACAAUUCUGCAUAAUCAUCAACCACUACUACUACUUCCCUAUCUCAAUGAUUUAUAUUUACGAGAUAUGGAGAGGAUUAGUGAUGUGUGGAAGUGCAACUGGAACAAACUUGUAAUUCCUCAAAACCAAUCACAAUCCUCAUUCCACAAUCUCACAAACAUAUACAUGAAUAAUUGCAAUAGCGUAAAGUACUUAUUUUCACCUCUCAUGGGCAAACUUCUUCCCAACUUAAAGGAGGUAAGGAUAUAUUCUUGUGAUGGUAUUGAAGAAGUUGUUUCAAAUAGAGAUAUUGAUGAAAAUGAAGAAAUGGAAGGUACAUCUACUCACACAAACACCAUAUCCUUCCCUCAUCUUGAAAGCCUCGAGCUUCAUUUUCUGCCAGUGCUAAAGAGUAUCGAUGGCGGUACUACAGUCACAACUACUUCCACCCAUGAUCAGUUCAAGCGUUCUCAAGUCGAUGUUGCUUCUUGGUUCUUAUGCCAAUACACCAAAAAGAUUGAUAUACUUUGCUGUGAUGCCCUAUCAAGAGUGUUUCCACCCUACCUAGUGGGGCAACUGCAUAAGAUUGAAGAGUUGAGUAUAUCAGGAUGCAAUUCAAUGAUGGUGAUAUUUGAAAGUGAAGGGGUCAACAAUGAUGGUGUUCAUAGUAGGAAUGUUGGUCGUGGAAAUGAUGAUACAACUUGUAGUGCAAUCACCAUCCCAAGGUCGGCAAAUAUGACUUUGCUUCAAUUGCCUAACCUAACGAUAUUGAAAAUAAAAAAUUGUGAUGUUUUGGAAUAUAUAUUCACAAGUUCCACACUUGAAAGCCUCAAGCAACUCAAAGAAUUGACUGUAGAAGAGUGCAAGGCAAUGCAAGUGAUUGUGAAGGAAGAUGGAGACCACACAGAAACAUCAACAACUAUAGUCUUCCCUCGUCUGAAGUCUCUUACACUAGUAGGUUUACCAGAUCUUAAGGGUUUCUUCUUGGGGAUGAAUGAGUUCAGAUGGUCAGUAUUAGAAAAGUUUAAGAUGUAUGGCUGCCCACAAAUGAUGAUUUUCACAUCUGGCCACUCGAUGGCUCCGAAACUCAAUUACAUACAUACAGGGUUAGGCAAGCAUAGUCUUGAAUGUGGCCUCAACUUCCAUUUGACCAAUACUACACAUGAGACUCAACUCCGUAUGUGCUCUACUCCAUACAUGAAAAAGCUGUUUCAGUUCUCUUGGUCUUUUUCAAAUUUAGUUGAAGUCGAUACACAAUGGUUUGACAAACUGUUGAAAAGCCGCAUAAUUUUUCCAUGCAACGAGUUGCUGAAUCUGAAGAAUCUUGAAAAGAUUUAUAUUACCAAAUUACCCACUUAUUCUAAAUCCACAAUAGAGGAGGUAUUUGAAGUAUUACAAGGAACAAGCAAUGAUGCGAAAGAAACACAUUCUGUUGUGGUAGUUCCAAAGCUAAAGGAGGUGGCUCUGGAUCGACUAGAUAAACUAAAACAUAUGUGGAAGAUCAAUCAGCAGAUAGUGUUGAACUUUCCAAACCUUACAAAGGUGUCAAUUAAAAGAUGUCCACGUCUUGGACACGUUUUCACGUGUUGCAUGGUUGGUAGUCUAUUGCACCUGCAAGAGCUACGGAUAAGUGACUGCAGGAAUAUGGAUGUGAUUGUCAAGCAAGUUGAAGAUUCCGAAAUUAGACCCACCGAGGUUGUGUUCCCUUGUCUAAAAUCCCUAACACUUCACAACCUUCCAAAUCUUAAGGGAUUUUUCCUGGGGAAGGAGGCUUUUGAAUGGCCAUUGUUAGAGGCUUUGGAAAUCAAAGAUUGUCCAAAAAUAACAGUUUUCACAAAUGGGCAAUCAACUACUCCGGAGCUGAAGUUAAUGGAUACAACUUUUGGAUUGUGUCAUGUAAUGGAAGACCCAAACUCUUUUAUAAAGACCAAACAACAAGAGGGAUGGCAGUUCUAGUGAAAUUUCAAAUUAAUUCACACAUGCUGUUUGGUGCACUUUAGAGUUACCAUAGGUAAGAUUAUAUCGUACACUUGUUUCCUUCAUCCUAAUCAUGUCCAUGUUUCUCUACCUUAAUUAUCUGAUUGAAUUGACUUGAUGCCAUAAUUGCUUGCUUACUCUUUCAAUCCAGGUUAUUGAACUUCUAGUUUCAACCAAUCUCAUGUAU